AUGAUUCGAGGUGUUCGAUAUUUGCAUAUUCCUCGGGGCGUGAAGGCAGUGCCUAUUCCCCAAACUGCCAGAACGACGCCUGAAAUCAAGAAAUAUGUCGAGGCCACUGGCUCCCCCAAGCCCAGCCCUGCUGUCAAGUCGCAGUAUGUCAAAAGUAUGAUGCCUGAGACUGUCGACGCAGCCGCCCUGGACGACACACAAGAACCUGUCUGGUAUUCUAUUGAGCGUACACGAGCGGGAAACUUACCAGUAUACACUGACUACAACAAUGCCGGCGGCGUUUGGACCGAGAUUCGCAAGAUCUCCGGAAACGUCAGUGCGCUCCGGAACGACAUCAAAAAGCAGCUUGAUCUACCCAAAAAGGACAUUUGGAUCCAGGAUGCUUCUAAACGCAUUAUCAUUAAGGGGAACCACUCUCAGGCUGUUAAACAGUUGCUGGGCACUGCCUUUUAA